AUUAUACCUCCUCCACGCUUGUAGUAUGAUGCUGUUGGAUGGGCACCAAAAGAAUAUAAUCCUGAUGAUAAACUGUCAACCGGUGGACAAGAGCGCAGUGGAGAAGUUGCUGGUCAAAAUUCUGCUCCACAAUCUGGAUUUGUCUGGGAUGAAGCCUCUGGCUAUUAUUAUGAUGCUGCUUCUGGUUUUUAUUAUGACGGGAAUACAGGUUUGUAUUAUGACGGUAACAAUGGGAUCUGGUAUACUUACGAUCAGAAGACUCAGCAAUAUGUACCAUGUACCAAUCACAAUGACACCAAAGCAGCAGAGGGACAAACUGAAGCUACCAAAUCAUCUGAUGGCUCAAACACUAAGAAAGUUGUUAUAUCUGCACCAGCUAUUGUAGUAGCUGGUGAGAAAGCUGCCUCACUACCCGACGCUAUCCAGGCUGCUGCCUCUGCAGCAAUAGCUGCUGAAAAGA